CUCUUCCUCACGCCGAUGUCAUCCGUCAACAUUCGGCGCAUCCUCUCCGUAAACUCCACGUCUUCAUCGCCCGCCGUCGGUUUGACGACCCCCGGUCGUCGGUUUGAGAGCCACUGGCGACUCUGCGUACAAUCGAUGCGUCGUAGCCGACGACCGCUCGGGGCGGUGCGACGUUUGGUCGUCAGUAGUGGUGGAGCCGUGGAGAGGGCGACUACGCUCGACACAGCGCCUUGCACAAAGCCUCUGCGGCCAGCCGGCCGGCUGGAUCACUGUGACGUCACAUCUAGUGGCGAUGACGUCACAUAACCGGCGGCGGCGGCGGCGGCGGUGACGUCACGAGCACCGAGGUUCAACGCUCGGGCGCCGGGCGGCGGCGGCGGCCGGCGGCGGCAGCGGCGGGCUCGCUUCGUCCAGUCCCGUCCGCUGUGGCGGCAGGCGGCAGUCCGCGCUUAGCCUCCAGCAAGGGAGGUCCGCGUUGGUGCAGUGUUCCUCCAUAAUGGAGGCUAGUGCGAGACUCUUCUCCAAACCGCAAGUGGUGUCGGGAUUGGUGACUAUGACGCCUGUGGUGGUGGUGGUGUUGGUGCUGAGUGGUGCAGCGCUCGCCCAGGAUGGGGUGGAAACCCGCAGCGUGCUACCGUUCGAACCAGUGAGAUAUUCGUCACCGAAACUGAACGCCAGUUACCGGUCUUCGGAUGAGUUCGACCCCAAGGGCAUGGAGCAUCUCUACUAUGUGACAAAUUUCUUCCUGGAUCUCAUUCAACGAGACGACAGUGCGGCGCUGGAUCGCCAUCAGCUCGAGGUAGCGCGGAAGGCCAACAACCUAACGGAGACGUUCGUCCAGCUGGGUCUGCGUGACUGGCCGACACUGCUGAAUCAUCAUCUGGGGUUCGCCAUCCUGGCCGCGCUGGGUAUCCUGGUGGCAGUACUCACACCGUUUGUUGGAAUGAUAGUCUGUUGCUGUCGGUGUGCCGGACGGUGUGGGGGCCGAACAGACCCCUACGAAAAGAAGAGGGACAAAUGCAAACGGAUAUGUAACGGCGUGUUCCUGAGCCUGUUGGUGCUGCUAGUGCUGUUUGGUCUGGUGGCGUCGUUCGUCGUGAACGAGUACAUUGAACAGGGUGUCAAGGAGGUUCCGUCCCGGCUGAACCUGGCUGUCGACGAUGUGGAACUCUACGCCCAGAACACCAAGAAGGAGGUAAACCAUCUGCUGCGGGACAACUACCGGGAAUUGCAGUCCGUGCUCGACGAGUCGCUUGACAAGUGCGGUGACCGGGUCAAGGCCAAGCUUGCCAACAUCUCUCGCGCGGUGGCGGUGGACGACCUCACUGUUAUAGCUGAGGGGCUUAAAGAUAUUCGACAGGAUCUCAAUAGUAUCGCCAGUCAGACGCAGCGGCUGCAGGAGCGGGCCGAUCAGCUGCAGGUGGGCCUGCAGAGUGUACAGGGCGAGCUGCAGCAGCUGCUGCUGCUCUGUAACUCACCCACCUGUCAGCAGCUGGCGCGGCAGUACAACCUCUCCCAGCUGGCAGUGCAGAACGAGUUCAGACAGUGGCUCACUCUCGAGCUUAUACCGAAGCUGCCGGACGUCACCCGCACAGCCCGUGAAAUCUCCGUGCUCAUUGAGAACGGCAUUGAGCGCGAGGUUCGCUCCGGGAAGAGAUCCUUCGACGACCUGUCGGAUCGGAUUCAGGCGGAGGUGGCCGCGGUGGUGCCUGAAGUGCGGAGGAGGAUCGUACAGGCUGGCGGUCAGCUGCGUGACAUCGCGGCCAACGUAUCGUCUGUGCUGGAUCAGGUUCGACUGGAUGACGCUCACAAGGCGCUGACGGAGGCUAAUGGGUACCUGGAACAGUUUGGACCCUUUAGGUACUACCUGUACCUGAUUCUGUCGUCGAUGGUGCUCAUCAUCACCUUCUGUCUGGUCAUGGGUCUGUUCUGUGGAUUCUGCGGACGCAGACCGGGCAAUGUGUACGGUGACGAUACGUGCAACAAGGGCGCCGGAGCCAACUUCCUUCUCAGCGGCACCUUCUUCUUCUUCCUGUUCGGCUGGAUGGUACUUCUCGUUGUCACCUGUAUGUUCCUGGUCGGAGGCCUGGCCCAGUUCUACCUGUGUCAGGGUCUGCGGGAGCCCGAGUCUCCUGCCAGUGGUCUGGCACUGCUGGAGGCGCUGCUACCCCCUGAACAGCUGUUCCCAGAGCUGCAGAAGACCGGGUUCGAUCUGGCGGAGGUUAUUGGAAAAUGUCACCGGAACCAGACCAUCUACACGGUGCUGAACCUGGAGCCGCUGGUGGAUCUGGGCCAGCUGACACGCUACAAGGAGGAGCUGGGGAUCGACAGGCAGCUCGACUCGCUCAGGAGACAGAUACAGGUGGACACUAACGUGGAGAUUCUAACGCCGCGGGCCAAGAAGCAGCUGUAUGAGCUGGCGGAGUCAGAUGUGGCCAAGAUCAACUACACGGCAUUCACACAGACGCUGGAGGACCGUAUCACGGCGGUGGAUCUGGCGGAGAUGGCCGGCUCCCUGGAGGCCGCUGCCGGCCUGCUGCCGCCGGCCGAACGUGGCGCCGCUAACCGUCUGAGGAACCAGGCCACCGUACUGGGCGCCCAGCAGGAGGUGGUCGAUCAGAUGGCAGCCAUUGUGGUGACGCUGAGGAACGCCACCAUAUCUCUCCAAGAGCACGUGCGAUUUAACCGUACCAACGUCACUGAGGCUGUGAGGGAGCUGAUUGGUCAGGCCGAGUCUGCGCAGCUGUAUCUGAGCACCCGCGGCAGCGCAGAGGUCAUCCAGCUGGCUGACGAGUACGCCGCCGAGUUCCUGGCCCACCUGGACGGCUAUACGGGCCGCGUGGAGGGCGCCUUCCGGAGGACUGUGGGACAGUGCGGACCGCUCAGUAACGUCUAUAACGCUACCGAUGUCACACUCUGCAGUAACGUCGUCUACCCGUUCAACGGCUACUGGGCGGCUCUGGGCUGGUGUAUUCUCAUCUUCAUCCCUUGUGUGGUGGUCAGCCUGGUACUGGCCUCACUCUAUCGCAAAACGGAGCCCUACUCGGAAACGUUUGUCGACAAUGAAUAUCUUUACGACGCUUAUGGUGAACACGAUAAUAUUCCGCUGGCGAACGUUCGUGACCAGCGCGGUGCGAAGCGCAGCACAACAGCGGCCUCUGGUGGCGAGCGGCGGCGCACGGGCAACAUGUACGAAAACAACCGUUACCAUGGUUACAGUCCGGACUCACCGCCGUACACGUCUAUCCCGCCGCGCGGCCAGCAGUUCCGUCCGCUGGGCGCCAGCAGCGACCACGCGGAGGAUACUGACCCCAAGGCGCCGCCCCUGUGGGACCUGAACGGUGGCCCGCCGGGGUACACGGACAACCCGGCCCCGGCCGGCUAUGAGCGGCCUCCGCCCUACUUCUACCCGGGACCCGGGCCGGAGCGCUCCUGAGCCCAAGCGGGAGCCGGCAACGCCGCUGCGUACCGUGGUGCCAUCUAGGAUCGGCCGGCGCAACUGCAGCUUCCGGCCGGUGACACGCCGCGCCUGGGGCGCUCGCAGUUUCGCCGUUUGAUGACCGCCCGUGCCCCCGGGCGCGGCCAGUCACGUGUCUGUCACGUGACUGCCCCGACGCUGUGAUACGCCAUGGUUGAAGCGGACAGCGGGCGUUCUGAAACGAGUGAGAAAUGCGGAACUUUAACCGUGUGUAAGCCGGGCUCCGGAAACCUUUUGGUGUUGACUAGGCGGGGCCCGAUUUGGGCCUUCGUGUGGGCAUAGGAUGGACCUUUGUGGCCAGACGGAUCUGAGAAGGCCUCUCGUGCCGACGCCUGUUUGCGGCGAGUGAUGUGUGUGAUCUGAUGCGAUCAUGGAUCUGUUUAACUGGUACGUACCGGAGUUAUCCGGAUAUUCCAAUAUGGCGUCGGAUGGAGGCCAUGACCGUUCGUAUGUGUUUUGUAGAACCUGUUUAUAUGCGUUUUGACGGCUUUGAAGACAGUGCGACUGUACCAGAUGUGUCCCUGCCCAAGAUGGCGGCUCGUUUUAGGUUGUUUUAGCGGCGGUCUGUUUUGUUUUACUCCACGUUUCGCCGCCGUUGUGUGAAUGUUUGUGUGUUUGUGGAGCCUCGUAUGUCGCGUUUGGUCAGUCUUCUCAGCAGUUGGCUAGAGUCAGCUCUUAACGCCGUUCAUUGGCAUCCUCGCGAAUAUCGGCGCUUACAAAGUAAAGUGCCUGACCAUGGGUGGAAGCAUCGUCCCCGGCAAAGGCAUGUAUUUCUGAACAAACAAUUAUUGGCCACAUGACGAGUGCAGACCAAAACGCAAGUAGGUGUCCCGGAAAAGCUUGCACUGGGGAAGACGAAAUGUGCCCGGACUUAGUAGAUACGUCCCAUGGCGAUCAACAGCUGAUGGAAGAAGUAUGAGCAUUUCGUUGAUAUUGUAUUCGUAUUUACGUGAUCGUGCGAAAUGUGUGUUAUCCAUUGAGAAGUGACCGUGUUUUAUGUAGCGCUAAUAAACCAAGCGUGUUCUAA